GACCGGGAAGGGCUGUGGAGCGAACGGGGCAGCGCAUCGCGCGUCCUGAUUGGCUGGGGCCGCUCAGCCUCCAACCUCCACGGUCUGAUUAGCUGAGGCAGCUGGAUCCGCAAUCUGAUUGGCUGAGAUGUCUGGAGCAUUCUGAAUCCGCUCUCUGAUUGGCUGGGGCGGCUGGAGGCUCCUGAAUCCGAUUCCUGAUUGGCUGGGGCGGACGCGCAGCUGCUCCCUGACAGCCGGCGGGGCCGGGGCCGGUCCGGCCGAGCCCGAGCCCCAGUCCCUGAGCCCCGAGCCCUGAUCUCUGAGCCCCAGUCCCUGAGCUCCGAGCCCUGAUCUCUGAGCCCCAGUCCCUGAGCCCCGAGCCCUGAUCUCUGAGCCCCAGUCCCUGAGCUCCGAGCCCUGAUCUCUGAGCCCCGGUGUCUGAGCCCCGAGCCCUGAUCUCUGAGCCCCGGUGUCUGAGCCCCGAGCCCUGAGCCCCGGUCCCUGAGCCCCGACCGGGCUCCCGCUCCGCCCGCUCCCCGUCUGGCUCUGCCCGCGCCCGCUCCGUGUCCCACCCUGUGUCCUGCCCUGUGCCCUGCUCCAUGCCCCGAUCUCUAUCCUGCUCCAUGUCCCGCUCCGUGCCCCGCCAGGUGCCAGGUCCGGGCGCACCCCCUGCUGAGGCCCCCGCGGGAAUUCAGAGGAGCGAAUCUCCCUGUGCCGCGUCUCUUCCCAUCCGUAUUUGCAUGUAUUUACGCAGGCAGAGCCGUUCUCGGGCCGCGCGGGGCGAGGCCGGGCUGGGAACUUGGGCAGGGAAGUGGCGGUUUGGGGACCGGUGACGCCUCCGGGUCCGGGCUCCGAAAGGCCCCGGCAGGGACGUGAAGGGGUGCUGGGCAGACCCCGCCAGGCGCGGGGGAUGUGAGCACCGGCAGCGGGGACGGAGCGGGGAGCUCGGUUUUCACCGAGACUACAAAAAAUCAGAAAAGCAGAAGUGCGCCCAGACAAAGGGCUGCGUGUGGAGACAAACUCUGCUGCGAUUAGUCUGGCCGGCGCCACCUGCUUCCAUGGAGAUGAGAAUCUCCCGACGCACCAGUCGAAUCCCGGCUGCCUCCGCGUGCUCCUUCCUCCAUGGGGAGGAGACCUUCCUCCUUCUCUUCCUCCUCCUCCUCCUCCUCCUCCCGAUAGGAGCCGGAGCCUGCAGCCCGCACACCCUUGGCCGUUGCCACCCACUCUCCUUCCUACGCCACAUCCCAUCCCUCCCUUUGGGGACCGGCUGCCCGCUGCUAUCACAUCCCCACGGGCAUCGCCGGGCCCGGAGCCGCCGCCGCCGCCCCGUGGAGCCGCCGGGGGACCUGUGUUCCUGCCUAUGCACUGUGCACCUCGACACGCUGCGCUGGGCAGCGUGGGAGCUGCUGUGGGAACGGGAAUUUCCUGGGGAUCGCAGGUGGGAGCCACGAACAGCGCUGGGAUGCCAUGACGGCGUAGGCCAGUGGCGAGAGAUGAACCGGUUCAGCGAGUGCGGGACGCAGACGGAUGCGGUGGUGGUGCUGUCCCUGGCACAGGCUGCAGUCCUGGGCCUGGUGUCCGAUAAUGAACUGCUUGGGGCCACCAUCACCCCUGCUGGCUUCUUCCCGGGGCUGGCCGGGGAGCUGCCGGACAACACCGCGGCAGAGCCUGGGGAGCCCGAGGGCGAGGAGCAGGUGCUCGGGGAUGGGCAGGAUGAGGACACCCUGGAAGCAGAGUUCUCCCUGGAGAAGCACGCCCGGAGGAGGAAGCGGCCACCUGUGAGGCUGGUGCCCAAGGUCAAGAGUGAGAAGGCAGAGGUGGAGGCAGAAACGUCAUACGACACGCCCGUCCCUGGGGACGACGAAGGCGAGGGGCAGCGAGGCCACCCGCCCCAGCCCCCAGAGCCCGGCCAGGAGCCGGCAGUGCACAGCGGUGCCAUGAAGAUGAUUGACCUGGGCACCUUCAGCAGGAAGCCCCGGCGCCUGCGGCACCUGCGGCGGCACCGGGAGCUGGAGGGCACCGAGCGGCGCCGCGGGGGUGACGACCCAGAGGGCGGCCCCGCGGGGGCCCUGCGGACCACGGGCACGUUCGAGGCGGGCGCCCCGUCCCCUGGUGAGGUGGAGGCCCCCGCGCCGGGGGACCCCGAGCAGGUGAAGAGCGAGCAGGGCUGUGGCUGGCAGGAGCCAGGGGAGCUGGAGGCAGAGGUGGCCGGUGGCACCAGCGAGCGCAGCAGGAAGGCGCAGCUGGACCGGCUGGACAUCAACGUGCAGAUCGACGACUCCUACCUGGUGGAGGCCGGGGACCGCCAGAAGCGCUGGCAGUGCCGCAUGUGCGAGAAGUCCUACACCUCCAAGUACAACCUGGUGACCCACAUCCUGGGCCACAAUGGCAUCAAGCCCCACUCCUGCCCACACUGCAACAAGCUGUUCAAGCAGCCCAGCCACCUGCAGACCCACCUGCUGACCCACCAGGGCACGCGGCCCCACAAGUGCGGGGUGUGCAGCAAAGCUUUCACCCAGACCAGCCACCUGAAGCGGCACAUGCUGCUGCACACUGACAUCAAGCCCUACAGCUGCCGCUUCUGUGGCCGUGGCUUUGCCUACCCCAGCGAGCUGAAGGCGCACGAGGUGAAGCACGAGAGUGGGCGCUGCCACGUGUGCGUGGAGUGCGGGCUGGACUUCUCCACGCUCACCCAGCUGAAGCGACACCUGGCCACACACCAGGGCCCCACGCUCUACCAGUGCCUGGAGUGCAGCAAAUCCUUCCACUACCGCAGCCAGCUGCAGAACCACAUGCUGAAGCACCAGAAUGUCCGGCCCUUUGUCUGCACAGAGUGUGGGAUGGAGUUCAGCCAGAUCCACCACCUCAAGCAGCACUCGCUCACGCACAAGGGUGUGAAGGAGUUCAAGUGCGAGGUGUGCGGGCGGGAGUUCACGCUCCAGGCCAACAUGAAGCGGCACAUGCUGAUCCACACCAGUGUCCGCCCCUACCAGUGCCACAUCUGCUUCAAGACCUUCGUGCAGAAGCAGACGCUCAAGACCCACAUGAUCGUGCACUCGCCUGUGAAGCCAUUCAAGUGCAAGGUCUGUGGGAAGUCCUUCAACCGCAUGUACAACCUGCUGGGCCACAUGCACCUGCACGCUGGCAGCAAGCCCUUCAAGUGUCCCUACUGCUCCAGCAAGUUCAACCUGAAGGGCAACCUCAGCCGGCACAUGAAGGUCAAGCAUGGGGUGAUGGACAUCAGCCUGGACAGCCAAGAUGCCAUGAUGGAGCUGGCCGGGCCCGACCACGCCGAGCUGGAUGGGCAGCAGGAGAUGGACGACUUUGAGGAGGAGAACUCUUACAGCUACGGGGCAGUGGGCAACCCCCCGGACGAGCACGCGCUGGCCGAGCAGGCCAUGAAGGAGAUGGCGUACUACAACAUGUUGUAGCCGGGGCUGGCAGGGCUGUGGGGGCUUGGCAGGGUGAGAGGGGCUGCGGCAUCCAGCCAGACCCCCUAGAACUGGAGGUGGUGCUCCUGCUGGGGUUGGAGAACACAGGGAUGUCCAGAAGCCUUUGCCGGACCUGCCGUGGCUCCGCUGCUGCCCCCCUGCCCACGCCCCGUGACUUGAAACUGCGGGCAGGGGAGGCACAACCCAGAAAAUCACUGAAUGGGUAAGGGUGGAAGGGGCCGCAGUGGGGCAAGAUGAUGAGCAUCACUAACUAUUCUACCUCCUGGGUCCCCCCUCGGGUGUGCUGGAGCUCCCCCCGGGCUCCCCAGGGGGCAGAAGCCCCUGUCCGCGGGAGGAGGUGGGUGUGCCCUCCUGCUCUCCCUGGGGCCCCCUGUACCAGGCUCUGGGGCACAGAACAGAGUAUUUUCAUAGAAGCUCAGGGCGCAGUCGGUGCCCACAGCUCGGGGUCCAAAGCUGCAGACGGCGGCAUAUCCAGGGGAGGCAAACCCAGCCCAGCCCCAGCAAAUGAUGGUAUUUUGAAAGUAAUUUAUUUUUUUCAGAUGUGCCGCGUGGUUGGAUUUAUCUUUUCACCAAGUUCAGUUCCCUUCAACCAAUGUGCUUUGUAAA